AUAAAAAUUUACGCGUAUUUUUUUCAAAUAACAUGUAAGAGUGGGUCAAUAUGUCCCGUCCCGUACCCGCACGGAUUUUAUCUGUCCCGACCAACAAUAACGUGGGCCAAGCAUAGAUAUUGAGGUAUCCGCCCGCCCCGUCCCACCGAUUGCCAUCACUAUGUACAUGAUGUGUCACUUCCAAUGUUUUCCCUACAAUUACCAAUGUCACGUAUGAAUUGUCUUCAUAUAAAGUUCUUUUGUCAUUUUGUGGGGAGACUCGGUGCUUGCGGGUUCCAUCGAUUGGUGUUUGGCCCGUAAACGCGGUCUAGGGUUUCAUAGGAUUUCAACUUUCAACGUUCAAUCCUGCUUUCCUUCACAAUUAUGGGUGUUAUUUCCUCAAUAAAGAAGGGAGCUAUGUCAGUGGUGUUGGUGUUCAAUUUUUCACUCUCGACUUUGUUCUUUCCCCCCCUAUCAUUAGAUCUCUUAAUAAAAGAGAAAAAACAAAGAUCAUACGUCUCGCAAGAAACCUAUACUAGGAAUCCUAAAUACAAAGUGAAACUUGUUAAAUAUACGAGACAAUAAACACAAAGGUUACGGGUGACUAAAUAAGUCAAUAUGUUACAAUCUCUAUCACAAAUACAAUGGAAUACUCAGACGAGGAGGAGACCAUUAUCUUCAAAAAUAACCCCCUACCUUCGCAUCCAUAAGAUCAAAUCGUCGACAUUACAUAUGUUAAUGACAACCUUUGCAUCGCCACAAACCAUAACAUUUUGUAAGCGCCCCUAUUCUACUUUUGACAUUUCUCUUGCAAAAAUGAUUGACCAACCCUUUUAAGCCUGUUCUGAUUGGGCUCGCUUAUCCUAAUUAGGCCUAAAUGCGCCUCUUAAAAAAUGAGUCCAAAUGUCAUGGAAGCCCACUAGCGGUUGAAGCCCAGCAGUUUCCAUCGUUGCAAACGACCUAAGCGCAUACAACCUUGUACUAUAUAUCCCAAAAACCCUACUUCGCCCUUUGCCUUCCCAUCUGGAGUUCCUGCGGCGCUGCAAAUCUCUGCCAAUUCUCACCGGUAAGAUCCUCUUCCUGCCUUUCUCCCCGCCGUUCACUUCUACGACUCUCUCCCUCUGUGUUUAGCUAACACCCAGCUCCCUUUCUCUGUUUGCUUGUAAAGGUAGUCGAAAGAGGAAAUCGAAAAUGAGCCGCGGAGCAGCAGGAGGUGCCGCCGGCGCCAAGGGCAAGAAGAAGGGAGUCACUUUCACCAUCGACUGCGGUAAGCCCGUCGAGGACAAGAUCAUGGACAUCGCCUCCCUCGAGAAGUUCCUCCAGGAGCGCAUCAAGGUCGGCGGCAAGGCCGGAGCACUCGGCGACGCCGUCGUCAUCACUCGCGAGAAGUCCAAGAUCACCGUUACCUCCGAUUCCAACUUCUCCAAGAGGUACCUGAAGUACUUGACGAAGAAGUAUUUGAAGAAGCACAAUGUCAGGGAUUGGCUUCGUGUGAUUGCUUCCAACAAGGACCGUUCCAUCUACGAGCUGAGAUACUUCAACAUCGCCGAGAAUGAAGGCGAGGAGGAGGAUUGAGCGUCUCUCUGUAAUCGUUUCUGCCCAAUCGAGAAUCUUAGUUUUUGAUUUGCAUUUAGGGUUUAUGUGAAAGUCUUGAAAUUUGUGAGUUUUGCAGAGUUUCUACCAGUAAAACAGUUUGCAUUGG